AAAAAAGCGAUAAUCUGAGUGAUUUGAGUGAUUUCGAGGAAUUGCAAUAAAAAUAUUUGUUCACUGCCUAGUUAACUGUAAAUAAUGUUAGAUAGUGGUUGUUGUUUAGUAUACACUGGUUUACAGAAAUGAUACAACGUUCGUUUUCUAUCCGUGCCUUUUAUUAGUGUAAUAAUUUAGUUAAAACAAACACAUGCUAACUCUAGCGGAUCUUCAUUUGUUUUCAUUAUGACAAAGCGGCGAAGAAUACUUCACGCGGACAAAAUAAUACAAAAUGUUGUUCACAUAUUUUGUUUGUUGAUGUUUCUACAGUUGAAAGGUUAUUACUCGGUAGCUAGUAAUCCCAUACUCUUAUAUUCAACUACAUCAGACAUUCGAGUAGCGAACAUUUCAAGACUAAGCAAAGCCAAUGCCAUUGUCAAAGGCUUGGAACAAGGGUCUGCUGUUGAUUUUAUUCAUAGGAAAAAUUUAAUCUGUUGGUCUGACCAGACAGCUGAACUUAUACAAUGUAUGAACUACAACGAAACUUAUUCAGGAGAAAAAAUGAGAAUAGUAUCAGAAGGACUGAUAACGCCAACUGGCAUUGCAAUAGACUGGUACACAGAAAAAAUAUAUUGGACGGACGGAGAAACCAACAGAAUAGAAGUGAUAAGUAUAGAGCAGAAGUAUAGAAAGGUGUUGUUUUGGUCCGAGGUAGACUUGGCCAGAGCUAUAGCUGUAGUUCCUAAAGAAGGAUUAAUGUUUUGGACUGACUGGGGGGAAGAGCCCAAAAUAGAAAAAGCUGGUAUGAAUGGCGACCCCAAAACACGAAAGAUAAUAGUGAAGGACGAUAUCAUUUGGCCCAACGGCAUAACCAUAGACUACAAUAACAAUCUCAUCUUUUGGGUAGACGCCAAGUUGCAUUUUAUAGACGUAAUAGACUUCAACGGGGAAAAUAGGAGACGCAUAGUAAAAGGAGGCCUUGAAUACCCUUACGCUUUAACUAUAUUCAGUGACAAAUUUUACUGGACUGACUGGAAAAAUUGGUCAAUAUAUGGAUGGGACAUGACAACAAAUGGCCCCAUAAAAUUGCUGGUCAAAUCGGACCCUGUCCCUGUUGACAUCAAGGUGUAUGACGCGAGUCGUCAGCUCAUGCCGACAGGGGACUAUCCGUGCAAAAACAAUAAUGGCGGCUGCUCGCAUCUGUGUCUUCUGUCGCCUAAUGAGCCAGGUUAUGUUUGUUCCUGUCCGACUGGCACAAAGCUCAAAGAGAACAGCAACACCACUUGUUACAACAGUCCUCAGUCAUUGCUCGUUGUGGCGCAACGUUCCAUGAUAUCGAAGAUAUCACUCGACUCACCAGACUUCACACCGUACACAUUGCCACUGAAAGACCUAAAGCGAGCUCUGACGGUGGAUUUUGACCCAAAGACUGAGUACAUUUACUGGGCUGAUAGCUUGGCAAAAACAAUAUCCCGGGCACGGCUAGACGGCAGCGAGCAGUCGGUAGUGAUCCACAGUACCGGCGUGCCCGACAGCAUUGCCAUCGACCCUCUAGCCAGGAACAUCUACUGGACCGACCCUGUGACCGACACCAUCAGUGUGGCCCGACUUGACGGCAGCUCUAAAAAGGUGAUAAUACACGACGAGCUAUACGACCCGCGCGCCAUAGCGCUACACCCCACAGCCGGUUGGAUGUUCUGGUCGGACUGGAACGAAAAGAAGCCGAAGAUAGAACGCGCCAACUUAGACGGGACGGGCCGACUGCUGCUUGUGUCCGAGAAACUCACGUGGCCUAAUGGGAUCGCUUUGGACACGGUGAACAAUAAGCUGUAUUGGGGAGACGCUAGGACGCACAAGAUUGAGGUUUGCAACAUGGACGGCACCAACCGCAAGGAACUACACAGCAGUGACAUUUUGCACAUCUUCGGACUGACCUUACUCGGCGAACACCUGUACUGGACCGAUAUGCAAAGGCGCUCAUUAGAUCGUAUAAAUAAAGUUACUGGUAUAGAAAGACAGCCAGUAGUGGAACAAUUGGCCAAUAUGAUGGGCGUGAAAGCAUUCCGAGUGGGCGAGCCGCUCGGUCACAAUCCGUGCGUUGAUGAGAACGGAGGUUGCUCGCAUCUGUGCUUCAAUAGGCCCAAGGAUUACGUGUGCAGUUGUCCUCUGGGUCUGGAAUUGGGCAGUGACAGAAAGAGUUGCACGGAGCCAGAAGCUUUUCUUGUGUACAGUCGCAAAAACGUCAUCGGCCGUAUCAGCGUUGAGAAUGAAAACAACGACGCGGUCUUACCCAUAAAAGACUUGAAGGAAGUGAGUGCUCUGGAAGUCCAUGUAGCAGGAUCCAAGAUAUAUUGGUCGGACAGCAAGACCAAGACAAUCAAUCGAUGCUCGAUCAACGGGUCUAAUCUGGAGAGAAUCCUGGAAUGGAUGGGAAUCGUAGAAGGUUUAGCAAUAGACUGGUCGGGUCAAAACAUCUACUGGACAGACACGGCCACGCAGCGCAUCGAAAUGGCGCGCCUAGACGGGUCCAGUCGCCGCACGCUCAUAUGGCAGGGGCUCAAGAAACCAAAGAGCAUAGUUUUGGAUCCUAGAAAAGGUUAUAUGUACUGGUCAGAAUUGGGGUCCAAGAGCAUCAAACGGGCUGCCAUGGAUGGAUCAUCGCCUACAGUAUUCGUGGAACAAGUGGGCCGCGUGCACGCACUGGCCAUAGACUACGACAAGCGCGCGCUCUACUGGGCGGCGCUGGAUCCCCCAGCCAUAGAGUAUAUCUACCUCAACGGCACGGGCAGGAAGUUAUUAGCGGACAACAUACUUAUGCCGUACGCGCUCACUUUGUACGGAGAGAAGGUGUUCUGGGGAGAUUGGAAUACUGGUCUCAUCGAAGUAGCAAACAAGGUGGACGGCACCGACCGCAAGACGAUCCACACGUCUCUCGACUACAUAACCGACCUGAAAGUGUACCACCGCACGCGCGCGGCCGGCGCCAACCAGUGCGGCGUCGACAACGGCGGCUGCGCGCACCUCUGCCUCGUGCUGCCCGCGCGCGCCGACUACCGCUGCGCCUGCCCCACGCACCACCGCCUGGCGCGCGACAACCUCACCUGCUCAGAACCAGAAGAGUUCCUGCUCUUCGCACAGAAGAAUGCAGUGGGCAGGAUUAUGGUUGCCAACGGAGAGUGCAACGACGCCUUCAUCCCUUUGCUAGGACUCAAGAAUGUUAAAGCCAUCGAAUAUGAUCCCGAGAAAAAAUUGUUAUACUGGAUGGACGACGAUUCCCACUCAAUACGCCGGGUCCCAAUCUCUUACUCCACAACCUCAGCUCUGACAGACUCGUUCACGGUCGUCUCAGACCUCACCCGUCCCUUCCAUAUGGUCUUGGACGUGUUGGGACGGGCCUUGUACUGGACGUGUUUGGACACGGACUCGAUCAAUGCAACGUCCAUAGACAACAACUCGUCUGUAGGAGUCAUAUUGCGGGGAGAGAAUAUGAGACCGAGACAUUUGGCUUUCCAUCAGACAAAAAGAUUCCUAGUAUGGAACGACGUGGGCCUAGGCGCAAUAAUGCGGUCGAACGUAGACGGCACCGACCGCGUGGAGCUGGCGCGGGCCGCCAACGCCUCCGCGCUCGCGCUCGACCAGACCACCGCCGUCGUGUACUGGGCCGUCAACCGGCAGAUACUGGCCGUCGACCUGGACACGCUCAACAAGUUAGUACACGAUACAACACGCUACACGACGCAACACGCUACAUAA